AUGGAGUCUACAUUGUUGCAUCAUUCAGCGACGGCGUUGGUCAACCGACUGACCGAGCACAUCGAAGACUCACACGGAUUGGGCUUUAUGAGCCCCGCUAUUUAUGAUACCGCAUGGGUGUCAAUGAUACAGAAGUCCGUUGGUGAAGAAAAGACGUGGUUGUUCCCCGAGUGCUUUGUGUAUAUCUUGAACGCCCAACUCGAGAAUGGGAGUUGGGUCACGUACGCCUCACAGAUUGACGGAAUUCUUAACACCGCAGCGUCAUUGUUAUCACUAAAGCGACAUUCCAAUGCACCUCUACAGAGCAACACAGUCUCCGAGGACAGUCUCGAAGAGCGCAUCAACGGGGGCACCCGAUCAUUGCAAGCACUUCUCCAAGCAUGGGAUGUUGAUGCCACGCUACAUGUUGGGUUUGAAAUUCUCGUUCCCGCGUUGCUUGGCUACCUGGAGGCAGAAGGCAUUAAGUUUUCCUUCUCUGGACGUGAUCGACUCUUUGAAAUCCGCGACCAGAAACUGGCACGGUUCAAACCUGAGUUCCUAUAUGCACCAAUUCAAACAACUGCCUUGCAUUCAUUGGAGGCAUUCAUCGGGUUGAUUGAUUUUGACCGAGUGCGUCAUAAUAAGGUCAAUGGAUCUUUCAUGGCAUCGCCAUCAUCCACUGCCGCCGUACUCAUGCAUGCCUCCGAGUGGGAUGACGAGUGUGAGGAAUACCUUCACCACGUCAUCCAAAAUGCGUCUGGAAAGGGAUCUGGAGGCGUUCCAAGUGCUUUCCCAUCCACUAUCUUCGAGCUUACCUGGACACUCUCAACUCUUCUCAAGGCCGGUUUUGACUUGGAAGAGGAGUCAAUACUGUCUGUUCAGAAAGCGCGUCUUCUGCUACAUAAUACCCUUGUCGCGAAUGAAGGCAUAAUGGGAUUCGUGCCUCAUGUCUGUGCUGAUGCAGAUGACACAGCGAAGACCAUCCUCGUGCUCAGCUUGCUCCAGCAGCAAGUAUCGCCUGAUGCAAUGCUGAAAGCAUUUGAAACGGAGCAUCACUUCAAAACGUAUCCUCAUGAGCGCGACCCAAGUUUUUCGGCUAAUUGUAACGUUUUACUGGCAUUGCUUCACACAAACAAUCCUUCCCAGUAUGCACCCCAGAUUGAGAAGGCGACCCGUUUUCUCCACUCGCACUUUCGGGAAUCUGAAUUGAAAGUCCGCGAUAAAUGGAACCUUUCUCCAAUAUACUCUUGGAUGCUCAUGACUCAGGCGAUUGUCCGUCUGCAUGAACUAUGGCACAGCUCGCAACUAUUGUCACUGAAAGAGCUACUUGAGCAAGAGCUCACCGCCCUGCUACAUGACAUGGCGGUUUCGGUCCUACACCAGCAGAAUCACACCGGUACAUGGGGCAUCAGAAGCUCCAAGGAGGAGACAGCAUAUGCGGUACUUAUUCUCACAUACGCGAUGCCAUUUCAGUUUCCCGACGUACCUUAUCUCCAAACUCAAACGGCGAUCCGGGAUGGUUGCUCAGUUCUUCGCUCAGACACUGUGGUGGGCUCUGAACGUCUCUGGGUGGAGAAAGUCACCUAUGAAUCUGAAAUGCUGUCACAGGCAUACACAUUGGCUGCACUGAAAGGCGCAGUGGAUUUGGUCCAAGAGGAAUUGUUCGAGCCCAAGAGUAUUAUUACCAACGGGGUAAAUGAUCAUCAUCCCGAGACUCAAACAAUUCAAAGCAACGGAGUAAAUGGCUCCGAGGUGUACCACACUGAAGAGAAUGGAGUCAAAGCCAACGGGAUCGAGGCAAAUGGCAUCGCGGUACAUGAUCUCGCAACAAAUGGUAUGGAAACAAACAGUUUCAAUCCAGAUUACCCAGAAACGAAUGGGAUUGAAACGCCCACGCUUGUGCCAGCAACCAAUGGCCACGAAGAAAACGGCAUUCAAGCAAACAGGUCCAAGGCCAACGAAUUUGAGAAGAAUCAGCUUGAAGUGAAUGACAUCGAAUCUAUGAGAGGUUCUGCUGACAAUAUGUCAACCCCUGCCAUAAUCCAAGACCAUCAACUAAACGGAGACGACCAUAAAGAAAAUACAGGAACGGAACCGGUUCGUACCAAAUGCGCCUCAAGCCUUGAUCGCCGACCAGAAUGGACCGACGAACAAGAACAAAUUUUGCUGGGGCCAUUUGAGUAUCUUGAAACACUACCAGGGAAGAACUUGAGAUCCGCGUUCAUCCAGGCUUUCAACAUCUGGCUCCAAGUCCCGCCCAAACAAUUGGAGAUCGUCGAAAAGGUCAUCUCUAUGCUACACACAGCAUCACUCCUCGUCGAUGAUAUUGAAGAUAAUUCCCAGCUGCGACGCGGCCAGCCCGUUGCGCAUAGCAUCUUUGGCGCCGCACAAACCUUCAAUUCCGGGAACUACGUUUACUUCCUUGCACUGCGCGAGAUCCAGAAACUGAACAGCCCACAGGCAAUUGAGAUAUAUGUCGACGCCCUGAUUCACCUUCAUCGCGGCCAGGGCAUGGAUGUCUUUUGGCGCGAUUCACUAAUCUGUCCCACGGAAGAGGAGUAUCUGGACAUGGUCAGCAACAAGACUGGGGCACUCUUUUGUCUCGCUAUUGAGUUGCUGCAGAUUGGUAGUACUGUGAAGGUGGAUCUUGUACCACUAGUCCGACUUUUUGGCAUCAUCUUCCAGAUUUGCGAUGACUACUUGAAUCUCAAGUCGUCCAGCUAUUUGCAGAAGAAGGGACUCUGUGAAGAUCUCACUGAGGGGAAAUUCUCUUUCCCUAUUAUUCACAGCAUUCGGUCUAACCCGGCGAAUCGCCAGUUGAUCAAUGUCCUGAAACAAAAGCCCCAGGAUGAAGAUCUCAAGCGGUAUGCGGUUGCAUAUAUGGAAAGUACCAAUACGUUUGAGUACACUAGAGAUUUUGUUUCUAGCCUGAAGAUUCAGGCUUUGGAGAUGAUCGAGGACCUGGAGAAACAGGGAUUAGGCGAGAACAUUGCGAUUCGAAAGAUCUUGGCUCGGAUGUCGGUUGAUGCGUGA